AAAGUAUGAAGUAGCAUUAAUGAAACCGGUUUGACGACUGCAGCGAAAAAGAACACCACCUUUGCAGUAGGAGAGGAGAGCACGCAGUAUCAGUUGCGUUAGUGGACGAAUACGAAGCGCACUUCGGAGUGUUUGCGACGAUUAUUCUUGCACAGUCAUGCAUCGUUGGAUAGGUAAAGUAGCUGUCGUGACGGGCGCCAGUAGCGGGAUCGGUGAGGCCAUUGCCGUGACACUGGCUGAGGCCGGUGUCAAAGUCAUCGGUUUGGCAAGACGACUCGACAAGCUACAGAAGAUCACCGAACGCAUCACGGCCGCCAAGGGCACUUUCCACCCGAUCCAGUGCGAUGUUUCGAAGGAGGAAGAUCUCCUCAAGGCGUUCAAAUUCGCCAAUAGCCUUGGCGGUGUCGACAUUCUCAUCAACAACGCAGGUGUCGCUUACGCGGAGACCAUUAUAGAUGGUACUACCGAGAAAUACCACGAAAUUCUGAACGUGAAUGUGAUAGCCACUGCGAUUUGCACACGAGAAGCCACGAAGUCGAUGAGAGAACGUAAUGUCGAGGGGCACAUAAUUAAUAUAAACAGCGUCGCCGGGCACGAUAUCGGCACAGCGAAAUUCCCACUAAGCCUUUAUCAGACGAGCAAAUUUGCGAUAACAGGAAUGACACAAGUGUUGAGGAACGAAAUCGAUGCUGCAAAAGCACCGAUUAAAAUUACGAGCUUGUCGCCCGGCUUGGUGAAGACGGAUAUGCCCAUGUUAUUGGCAAAUAUCGAUAAUCUCUAUAAAAUUGCUCCGUACUUGCUGAGUAAGGAUGUGGCCGACGCGGUCAUGUAUAUCCUUGGCACACCACCACAUGUGCAGGUCACGGAGCUGACUAUCAUCGGUAGUGCUCUCGAUAAGGAUUAACAAACAUCCGACAUUUUGAGAUGACUUCUUCUGGCGGCAACUGUGAAAUGUGAUUCAACAAAAGUUAUCUUUUAUAACUAAUAAACUUACUUUGUGCUUACUGCUAAUAUGUUAAUAAAAGAUAACAUUCAGCAAUAAUAUUUUAUUACACAUUGCA